CUGACUGCACUGCUCUAGGCUCAGACAGGUUCAUAGAGGUUUUGGGGUUGCCAGUGCAAACACUGAGCUGCGGCUGAUUGCAAUAUUCCCCCAUCAAGGAUUUAUCUCAGAUUUUCUCUGACGCUCUGGACUAAAUAACAAGGGGAUCCAUAUCCACAACUGCUGUAGUUUGGAGAAUGGGAAGGGCUGCAGAGGGGCAGAUGACGGCGCUGUGGACGUGGACGUGGAUGUGGGCCUUCACCCUGACCGUAGCGACGGCCAUGGCAGACAGUGCGGCCACAGGGCCAGCGCUGGUGAGACAGAAGAGGGAGUGGCUGUGGAAGUCUCUGUACGUGGAGGAGGAGAAGGCCAGCCCCUUGCCCUUCUACGUGGGAAAGCUAAAUUCCACCAAGGCCAACAAGAACACAGUGUUUGUCAUUGAAGGAGAAGGCGUCAACACCAUUUUCAGGGUGGACCAACAUGGAGACAUUCUGGCCUACGAGAAGCUCGACCGAGAGGAAAAGAGCUCUUACAUACUGUCAGCGUCCCUGAUCGACAUCAACACCAAACAACCCAUCGAAGAAAAUGAUGUGUUUACCAUUCGCGUCCUUGACAUCAAUGACAACAGCCCGCAGUUUCCAAAAAACUACACAGGAUCUAUUGCUGAGAGGUCACCUAAAGGGACAGAAGUAUUGAAAGUCACUGCCACUGAUGCUGAUGAUCCAACCACUUCCAACGGACAAGUUGCUUACCGGCUGCUCAAUGGAACCGAUCUCUUCAGCAUCAACAGCAUGGGGAGCAUCACAACAAAAGUGAAUUACCUGGACCGUGAGAAGCAAAGCACGUACACCAUUUUGGUACAUGCAAAGGACAUGCCAAGCGUGGUGCUGGGUAACUCUGCCACCACGAUCGUCACCAUCAACGUGGGCGAUAUCAACGACAACACGGCGUCCUUUAAAGAAGGCACGUUUAAUUUUGACGUGAAGGAAAAUGAAAAGCCGGCUUUCAAAGUUGGUGUCAUGGAAGUGGAAGACCAGGACGAGACGCAGAACAAAGACCCGUCCUUCAGCAUGAAGCCUGACGCUUGCAGCAGCAUGUUUCGGCUGGAGCAGAACCCAAGAAGGGACGCUGUCCUCAGUCUCAAACAGGGCCUCGAUUUUGAGAAAACAACCAAGUACACGUGUGAGGUGCAAAUGCGGGAGGUCAACCUGGUGACUCCGCCGGAUAACAGCGGCAGACUGGAGAACACAAGAGCCACCAUUUUCAUCCAAGUGCUGGACGUCGACGAGCCCCCGCUCUUCACCCAGGGCGUCUACAACUUCAGCCUCCGCGAAGAUGCCGCGCCCAGCUCCAAAGUGGGACAGGUCUCGGCCAGAGACCCUGAUGCAGCUCAGCUCAAAGUACAAUACUCCAUUGAUGACCCAAACUGCCCAGUCAGAAUCGAUGUGCAUACUGGUGAUAUGUAUACAGACAGGACAUUGGACCGGGAGCUCAUUCCCAUACACACCUUCUAUGUGACUGCUAUGGAGAUUGGAUCCCAAGGUCUGAAAUCCCAUGCAACCGUGAACCUGGUGGUUGUUGACGUAAAUGAUAACGAGCCAGAGCUAACAAAUGCCACAAACAUUUUUGUUUGCCACAAUGCAGCAGCUGGCAUGGUUGUGCAGACAAUCGGAGCUGUUGACAAAGAUGAACACGCACAGGAGUUUUAUUUCACCCUCGCCAAAGAGAGCUCCAACUUUUCACUCAUCAAUAAUGGAAACAGCACGGCCAGCAUCGUGGUGAAGCAGGGGAACUUCGAGGCGGACGAGAACAGGGAGUACCUGCUGGAGGUGGUGGCGAAAGACGUGGGCCAUCCCCCCCGUAGCAGCACCACCACCUUGGUCAUCCGGAUGUGUCGCUGCGGCCCGGACAUGUCCAAGGAGGGCUGCACCGCCCCUAUCAUCCAGACGGGCGUCAGCAUCAGCGCCCUCAUCGCCAUCCUGCUCUGCAUCCUCACCAUUCUGGUCAUCGUGAUCCUCAUCGUCCUGAGGAGGCGGUGUCAGAAGGACAACAUGGUGGUCCUGGGAAAGAGCAGCGGGGAGAUCCACGAGCAGCUGGUGACCUACGACGAGGAGGGCGGGGGAGAGAUGGACACCAACGGCUACGACGUGUCCAUCCUGACGUCCGCGCGGAACGAGGGCGGGCCCCUGCAGACGCCGGGCCUCUACGCCGUGGUGAAGAAGCCCCCGCUCGGCCCCGCGCCCGACAUGGCGGGCCGCGCCGACAUGGCGGUGAUGAUCGAGGUGAGGAAGGACGAGGCCGACCACGACAGGGACGGCGUCCCCUACGACACCCUGCACAUCUACGGGUACGAGGGCGCCGAGUCGCUGGCCAGCAGCCUCAGCUCGCUGGUCACGUCCUCCGACGACUCCAGCCUCGACUACGACUUCAUCAACGACUGGGGCCCGCGCUUCAGGACCCUGGCCGAGCUGUACGGUGUGGACGGGGCGGACGACGGCUACCCGUACUGAGCAUGUGCGGCAGAGCGCGGCGGAGCCCCCGCCCCUUCCGCUCACUGAUCUGCCUCGUUCUUCUGGGGCAAGGCCACGAAGAGGCUUCCACCAAAAAAAUUAUUCCGUCAAGGGAGUAGCUACCAUAUGUUCAACAUUCCUAUCAGCCGUGGCUGUCAUUCCAAAAGAAAAGAAAGAGUCUGAAUUGUUCCUGAGAUGUUUUGAAAUCAUAUUCCCUUUGGCAUUUUGUCAUAAUUGCGGUGUAGAUGUGUUUGCCAUGAUUCAGUCGAUGGCUGUUUGUUAUUUCACACUUUUCUAAGUGCACAUGCUGUCUGUGAAGACCACAGGCAGGAUCAUAAGCAACUCAUCUUCUAAAAGAUGACUCCUCUUUUUAUGACCUUCUUUCAUACACAAGUAAUGGAUGGAUUUUGUUUGUUUUUUUUACUCCUGAGAAUAAGGUUUCAUCAUGUAUUUUGUAUUUAUGGUUUCUCAAAACUACUGUGAAGUGAAAGCAAAAAGGUGUGUUUUGUUGUUGCCUUUGAAGGACUGCAUUGACACGGAGAUGAUUUUAUGAAAAAACUAUAGGACCCACUCAUUGUUAAUUGUCAUUGUUUAGGAGUGACUUUGUAUUCAGAAUUGUAUGUUUGAUGACCAAAAUCAGUUCUUCAGUUCAGCAGGAAGGUUACACAAUAGGCAAGGGAUCUUGGCAGGAAACAGUGGCAGCAUGGUAUUGAAAGACUUAGAGUCAAUCCAAAUUUUAUUUGACAGGACUCAUCAACACAUAACUUGGGAGGAUAAAUCCUCUGUCCCUAUGGACCAUCAUAACAAACCACGACAGCCAACUCAGGAAACACCAAGUAGCAGAGAAGUCCAUAUGCGACUGAACUGUGUUCUGAAUAACUUUAACCUUUCAGAAGAGCAAUUUUAUUUGAAUGAAUCAUCACAUAUUGUUAAGGCUGUAGAUAAAAGGAAUGUCAUAAAACGAACUGCACUAGUGUUAUAUUCCAACUGGAACCCAACAUGCAAAAACAGCAAAAUGAUCAUUCUUAAAUUUGACUCCAACACAGACCACAAUUGGAGUAAAAAAUAAUAAUUGUUUUAUUUUGACUCAGGGGAAUAAGUAUCCCCAUUUUGCAUUUGCAAAAGUCUACAACUUUUACUAACAGCUUGAAA